CCCUCGUGGCUCCACGGCCGCAGGCCGCCGCCCCCCACCCCCACUCCCGCCGAGCCCCCUUCACUCCAUCCGCCCCGCGCCUGGGGUCCCCGCUUCGCCUACUACGCGCAACUGCACCGCCCGCGGCCCAGUUCCAGCCCCGCGUUCGCUGAGCCCCUCGCGGGCGCGACCCCUACCGCCUAUGUUUUGCAGGGUUGGGGGCAGUGUCUGCCUCUGCUUCUUCCCAAUGGAGCAUCCCGACCACGGGACGCAACAAUGCACGGAUACCAGCUUUCUUUCGCUGAAGUUUUUUUUUUUUUUUUCUUCUAAACGCUUCAUAAAAUCUUCACUAUUUCUCACAUCAAAGAACAAAAGACCCAAAUAGCCAUAACUGCCGUGUGUGUGUGUGUGUGUGUGUGUGUGUGUGUGUGUGUGUGUGUGAGUGUGUGAUUUUUCGAUUGACCCCAAGGAGCUAAGUCCCAGUCCUUUUAAAAUCAUAUUGCCAGUCGAGGUCUCAUUAAGUUGUCCAGUUUGACUUGGCACUUGAGAUUCUCCUGCCUCAGCCUCUCAAGAACUGCAUUUCCACCUCUGGCUGCUCCUAUUUUUUAUUGCUGUCUUCCAUGAGCUCCAGGAGAGACUUAAUCUUGCAUUCUGGUGCUGCAGAACCCCUAAGAGCAGUGUGGACCCCAGGCUUCAUACUUUGUAGCUUUCCCUCUCCCAGAAGCCCAAUCUCUUGGGGGAAAGGGCUGCUCUCCACUUCAAAGGUUGGAGGCUUAGGCAGACUUUGGGUGGGGUUUGAGGGGGCAGAGGAAUCUAGGGAGCAAUGGCUGUGACCUACAAAGCCUUUGCUUACCACACAGCUGGAAGUGUGGCUCCUCAUUGUUCUGAGUGUUGCCAUGCAAGUGCCGCCCAGAUGAUUCUCAAAUGGGGCUGGAACCCUUUGGGGACAGGGCUUUGGCUGGCCCAGGUCCUUCUCUUACCACUGACCCAGGGUGCUCCCUCCUCAAUGCCACGGGCAUUGAGGGCAGACUGUGCAGGCUGACACUGGCUGUCCUUGCAGAUGGGGCUGGCAAGGCCCUGGCACACAGCUGCAUUGUGCCUGGGGUCACCAGUACCUAUAGACGGAUCCCGGACUCAGCUGAUGGAUGUACCCUGGGCCUCCCAGAAGGAGAGGGCGAAGAGCCAAGGCAGCUGCUACUUCCCAAACUGGCCUCCUGGGACUCAGGUGUGGAGAUGGUGGCAGGGGACAGCCCCGUGGCUACCUUUCCAGGGCUCUCUCAGGACUCUCUGAGUGUGGAGCCUACAGGGAGCUGUGAGCCCUCAGCCCUUGCUGCCCCCGAGCCCCCCGGCCAGUUGGGCCGGCUGCUGGCCAGCCGCAAGUUGGAGCAGGUUCUGGAGCGGUCCCAGGCGCGUCCCCGCUUGUCUGCACAGUGCCAUGCCCUGCCAUCAGCACCCUGGAGCAGGCCUGGGUGUGAGAUACCCCUGCUGGGAGCAGGACAGGAGCCCACCAAGGCCAAAGCUGAGCCAGAAGUGGACUUGGAGGAGGCAGAGGGAGUGACUGUGGUGCCCAGAGCCUGGGCCUGCCUCCCAGGACAAGGGCUUCGCUACCUGGAGCACCUUUGCCUGGUUCUGGAGCAGAUGGCGAGACUGCAGCAGCUCUACCUGCAGCUGCAGACCCAGAGGCCCCCAGAGGAUCCGGAAGAGGAGGAGCCAGCCUUGGUGCCCUUACCUUCCCUUUCGCCUGCCCCAGGCAAUGGGAUAAAGGGAUCAGAGGAGCUGCUAAGCCCAACAAAGGAGACAGAGGCAGCAGGCUCGAAGGUUGGGAUGCUCGGAGUCAACCCUCCCCGGCUGCCAGAGGCCCCAGCUGAACCAAAUGACAGCUUCUCACCCUCCCAGGGACACAAGGAUCCCUCCCACUGGGACAAGCUCAAGGUCAUGCUAAACCGGAUCCGCUGGAGGAGCCCUGGUCACCUUGAGCCCUCUGUUCCUCCUAGUGGUUGUGACCCCAGGACUGAGUCCAGGGACCUCUCUGAAAGCCCGCAGUGCCACCACCACCAGAAGACUUUUAUGCCAUCAUUAGUGGUUAAAAAGCAACGAGCAAAAGACCUUUCUGUGUGCUGAGGCCUCAAUGCAGCUGGUGGCCCUGGCAAACGGGAUUUACCAUGGACUCUUCUUUGUCAUUUCCCCUGUCACUGUGUCUCUGCACUGCCAGGAAAAACUACUGAUUCUUGCUCUUCUCCAAGGCGAGGACUGAAUCUUUCUCCUCUGAGCACUGUGGCAGAGGAGCCCUAAUUCCUGGAGGGGUACCAGGGUGUGACAGCUCCACAGCUCUGCUGCGUGGCUAGAAAUCCCUGGGCCCAGACAAUGUGAGCUAACUUAUUUAUCAGGCUUCCAUGAAUUUGGUGUGAAGAUGCAUUGCAUUCAUGUGUGAUGAUACUUUUGUGUGGGGCUGUCAGGAUUGGUAACUGGCUGGAUUCAAGUAUGCCCGCUGGAGUCAUGCAUCCUAAGGGUAGGGUAACUAUGGAAGGAUGGAGCUGGGCUUCAUUCCACGUGGGGAACUUAUUGCUCUGGAUUCCUGCUUGCCUUCUCAUGCCUGAAUUGGCAGCUCCAGCAUAAAGAAGAGUGCUGGCUUGGCUCCCUCUGUACCUGGACUCCAGAAGACUAUAUGAGGAAUGGGAAGGGAUAGGGGAGGACAGUGUGGAGGACAGCAAAAUAACCUUCAGGGUCAAUUCUCAGCUGCUCUGCUCCAUACUAGCUUUUACAUGUCAGAGCUGAAACCUGCAGCUAAUACUUAAGAGAGUCUCAAUUUUUGAGCCACAGCUUCCCAUUUUGGGAUAAUGAUGCCUGCCUUACCUACCUCACAAGGUUGUGAUGAGGAUAAAAUGAAAUUAAACUGUC